GGAGGAGGAGGAGAGCAGCAGCCUCCCUGGGCAGCGCUCGGCGACCAGCGACGGGCAGGGACCUUCCAGUUGCAACAAGCUGAUAGCGGCGAUGGGGCAGGGCGACGGCAGCCGUCCGCGGCACUGAGCGCCCGCCGUUGGGGCCACCCGGGCGAGCGAGCCGCCGAGCUCGUGGCCCUCUUUUCCGCCCGAGGGGGCGUCGCACCCUUGGGGAUAGAGAUCACUGCCGCGCGCGCGCUCCCCCUGCGCAACUCUCCGAGCGGAUCCUUCCCCGCCCCUUUCCGAUCCAUCCAUGCCCCGACCUGAACUUUAGCUGCCCGGGGGCUCCGCGGAGGGAGCCACCCAAACCGUGGAAGCUGCGACUAUGAUUUGAAACCUUGGGGGCGAAAAGGGGGAGAGAGCGGCUGCCGAGCUGGGGGAGACUUCGGAAGAUGAGCCACGCAGACCUUACAAAACCACCACUGGCCCCAAAACCAAAGAUCUUCAGUCAUCUGGCUUCCAUAGCUGCUUCCAAAUUUCCUCCAUCACUGUCAAGGGCUGGCACACUUCACAAUUCAAACUCUAUGUCUAGGGGUCCAAAACCACCCAUUGCUCCCAAGCCAAAAAUCUCUACUGACAACGAUCCAGCGAUUAUACAGAGAUCCAGUGUAUAUGCCAAUAAUACCUUUAACAAAUAUCCCAAUGGAAAACUGGAGGCAGAACUUAGUGAUGAAAAUCAGUGCCACAACACAGAGUGUCCAGAACCAGAAGAUGGCAAUGAAUACAUUGUAAUUCCUGAUGCUGAACUGGCUGAUAAAACGUAUGGUGACUUUGAGCAGGAGCCAGCAGAGAAUGAGAUUUUGCACACUCCUGAACCAUCAGGUGAGGAAGAUGGUAAUUGUACUGAUAGCAAUGACAUAUGUGAUUAUCCAGUAAAUGUAUUGAAGAACAAUGAUACUGAAUCAGUGGGAGACAACUCUAUGGAAUCAACUGAGAUCGCAUCUCUUGGCUACUCUGAAACACUUGAAAAGGAAAAAGAAGAUGCUACAAGAGAUGAAUAUGAAAAAGUGGCUAGUGAACAUCAUUCCAGUAAGACCAAAAUGAACUGUGCAGAUGAAACUCUAAGCAAACUGGAUUUGGUAAAUGAUAACAAUGAGCAUAAUAUGGACAGUAAGAUAUUGAAUGGAGAAAAGUCUUUGAAAGACACUAUAUGUGAUGAUGUUAUUUUAAGGCAUUUAGAGAAGCCCAUAUCAGCAAGAGAAGAUCUGCCACUAAUUUGCAAAGGUUUAGAUGCAGCUCAGUUUUUAGAAGAGGAACAGUUAAAUACUGAUCUAGAAUUGGGUCCAAAAAAUCACAGUGAUGAUGAUUCAGCCUGGACUAGAGAGAGAGAGUUUACAGAAGAUGCUUAUGCAAAUGCUGAUACUCACAUUGCUAAUGAUUCUGAAGUGGACACUGGGUUAGAAUCCAGUGGAACUGAGCUUCAUAGUGAAGAGACUUUUAGAGAGACCACAAAUGAAAUGGAUGAAAAAGAUGAAAUAGGCCCAAAUGCUGAGGGAGAAGAUCUUGACUAUGGCUGCCAAACUACUGAAAUGAAGAAUCUGGAAGAAAUAUCAGAAACAAAAUGUGAAUCAGGGGAAGAUUCUGGAGAACAAAAUGAAAUGAUAGACAGAGAGACAAUGGAUGAUAGCUGCCAGAUCAUUCCCUUUGGAAAGGAGGGCAGUGAGGAUGCUCAUGAUUCUCCAGAUGAAGAUUUAGGUGGUGAUUUGUCAGGAAAGGAGACUGAAACGUCUGAUAAUAACCCGUCCUUCAGUUGUCAAGAUACUAAUGGGCACAAACCUGACUUGCAGCUUAGAAAAGGAUCCAAAUCAGAUACUUUACUUGGAGAUCACAAUGCAAGUGAAUGUACUUUAGAAGACACACAUUUGGAUAAUCAAGUACUUGAGGUGGAUCAUAGCAAUAAAGAAGAAACUGCCCCAAAUUUAACCAGAGAAACAUCAGCUGAAGAUACUGGGCUUUCCACUGGAGAAUUAGCUAAACUGGAAACAAACUCAGCCAAUGAAUGUAUGAUUGAGGAAGUCACAGUGGUCCCUGAAGUUGUGGUUAUGCCUGAUAACAGUGGAGAAGUAGCCAGUGAUUCCCUAGAUGACCCAUAUGUACUUGGAGAUAGUUUGCCCACAGCAAAUGAAAUUCUUUAUGCUGGAAGAGACAUGCAGGAGGCUGAUAACCCAAACAGCUCAAGUGAUUUCAGGGAAGGAGAGAAUACAGAAAACGAAAACCACUUGCUUUCCAUUGAUCGGAAAAACAUUGUUACUAGAACAAGGUCCCACUCUGGGAAAGUACCUGGCUAUGUGCCAGAAACAGUUCCAGAAGAAACAGGGACAGACACUGAAUUGCAGACCUUGAGCACAAGCAACAUUAUUACUGAAGAUUUAAGUCACAGUUUCUGUCUGUCAGAAGGGAAGCCUAUAGAACUGGCUAGAACACUACCUGCAAAGCCAAGACGUUUCAUUUUGUACCCUCGAUCUUAUUCAGUAGAAGGCAGAGAUAUCCCUGUCUCUCUGUAUCGAGAGACUGAUAACUCCAUACUGGAUUAUAAUAGAUUAAACAGGACAGAUGAUCUGUCUUUACCAUGUGUAAUUGGUUCCUCAGGUAGCUUUUCCCAGAGAAAUCACCUUACAUCCAGUGGGGUUUCCACUCCAUCUUCUGUUGUUGACAUUCCACCUCCCUUUGAACUAGCCUGUAUCACCAAAAAGCCCAUCACAAAAAGCUCCCCAUCCCUUUUAAUAGACAGUGACUCUCCUGAUAAGUAUUGCAAGAAAAAGAAGUCUUCAUUUAAAAAAUUUCUCACUUUAAAAUUCAAGAAGAAGGCAGAAAACAAAGUCCACGUAGAUGUUCACGUUCCUUCUUCAAGAUCCUCCUCUGAGUCUAGUUAUCAUGGACCUUCCAGGGUGAUGGAACUGGACAGAAGAAGUCUGAAUAGUUCACCUCAGCUGUUAUCACGGACUGCCAAACCGAGGGCUUCUGAGUCUCCAACUGUUCUUUUCUAUAAGGAUGGCAAGAGAAAGGGAACACCCAGAAUGUUUAGCAGGAGUGUGUCAAGAGUAGAAUCUUUUGAGGAUCGCUCAAGACCACCUUUCAUGCCUCUGCCUCUAACUAAGCCCCGGUCUAUUUCAUUUCCCAAUGCUGAUACUUCUGACUACGAGAAUAUCCCUGCCAUGAAUUCUGAUUAUGAAAAUAUACAAAUACCUCCACGAAGGCCCACUAGGGCAGGAACCUUUACUGAAUUUUUUGAAGAUCCUAGCCGGGCCUUAUCUGCUGCAAGCGAGAAUGAUGGCUAUGUGGAUAUGAGCAGCUUUGCAGCCUUUGAAAACAAUAAACAGCAAACCACCGACCAGGAAACAGAAAGUGCUUACACAGAGCCUUACAAGGUGUGCCCCAUCUCCAUAAUUCCUGUUGAAGAUGUCACAUCUGAUGAGGAACAGAAAAGUUCAGAAGAUGAAGACAGUAACCAAGGGGAUUCCAAUAUCAUCCACAAGAAAGAAGGGCAAUCCAGGGCUCAGCUUGUCGCCCAGGAGCUUAUGUCAUCGGAAAAAGUGUAUGUGGAGAUGCUCCGGCUGUUACAUACGGAUUUCCAUGAAGCUGUCUUAAAAGUGCUGGGAGAUGAGUAUGACAGUGAUCAUGAAGAAACAAAGCUCAAGGAAGGACUGAAAGAAAUCCCAGAAAUCUACUAUCUACACCAAGAAAUAUUGGGGGAACUGGAACAAAAAAUUCUCAACUGGGAAGAACAUCAGAAGGUGGCUGAUAUUUUCCUCUCCAGAGAAUCAGGAUUUAAUCACCACACAACUUACAUAAUGCAGUUUGAUAGGAAUUUGGCUUUACUGGAUGAUGCCCGCAUUAAAUCUUCCCAGCUGGAUAUUGUCAUUAAAGAGUUUGAGCAGUUUCAUGAUGGAAGUCUCUUGAAUGUGAAACACCAGCUCUUGAAAGUGGUGCAGCGCAUAUUCCAGUACCAUGUGCUACUCACAGAUUACUUGAAUAACCUCUGCCCUGAUUCUGCUGAAUAUGAAGAUACACAAGCGGCCUUGCUCAUCAUAUCAGAACUUGCAGAUCGAGCCAAUGAUAGCAUACAACAAGGGGAAAAUUUGCAGAAACUGGUGCAUAUAGAGCACAGUGUCAAGGGGCAGAGCAACCUCCUACAACCAGGAAGAAUAUUUCUGAAAGAAGGGACGUUAAUGAAAGUGUCUGGGAAAAAUAGGCAUCCUCGACACUUAUUCUUGAUGAACGAUGUCCUGCUGUAUACAUAUCCCCAGAAGGAUGGCAAAUAUCGCCUUAAAAACACAUUGGCUGUGUCUGGCAUGAGGGUUAGCCGUCCAGCGACAAAAAAGGCUCAAAAUGUUCUGAAGAUUGAAUACGCUGAAAAUUGCCUAACCCUAUCAGCAAGCUCAUGCUCUGAAAGGGAUGAGUGGUACAGCUGCAUCAGCAGAAGCAUCCCAGAUGACCACGGGGCUCACAGUGGAGUUGGCUUUCACAACAGUGUUGAACUUAGGGAAAGGCUGGGAGUGUCUUUGGGUGAGAGGCCACCAACCUUGGUACCUGUAUCUCACGUCAUGAUGUGUAUGAACUGCGGUUGUGACUUUAAACUCACACUGAGGCGUCAUCAUUGCCAUGCAUGCGGGAAGAUUAUAUGCCGAAACUGUUCAAGAAACAAGUAUCCUCUGAAGUACCUCAAAGACCGACUAGCAAAAGUUUGUGAUGGCUGCUAUACAGAACUGAAGAGUAGAGAGCGGCCAAUAAGCAUAAGCUUCCCUACAAGUUCAUCCAGGUUUUCAGGCAGUGCCUUCUCUUCUGUGUUCCACAAUAUCCACUACUCUUCCUUCAAAAGACAAAAGAAAAUUCCUUCAGCUCUUUUGGAGGUGGCAGCUUCAGGAGAAGGCUCUUCUAUCAAUGGGUAUCUCAGCAGAUGCAAAAGAGGGAAAAGGCACUGGAAAAAGUUGUGGUUUGUUAUCAAAGGCAAAGUGCUCUACACAUACACAGCAAACGAGGACAAAGUCGCCACUGAGAGUUUGCCUUUGCUGGGUUUCACAAUUGUCCCAGAAAAGGAAGAUCGAAAUAUGGAUGCAGUUUUCCAUCUUUACCACAAGCAAACUCUGUUUUAUAGCUUCCGAGCAGAGGAUAAUAAUUCAGCACUGAGAUGGAUUGAAGCCAUGGAGGAAGCAUCUGUAUUAUAGCAUCAUCCAAGUGGAUUCUGAAUUAAUGCAUUUCUAUUUGCAAGAUUACCCAUAUAGUGGAAGGAACAGUAUAUAUAAUCCAAAUCUGGCUAAACAUAUGAAAAAGAACAUGUAGAAGCCUAUAAUUUUCCAUCCUUAAACGUAUCUCCUUGCAGAUGGAAACAAAAUAAGGGGAAUAUUUAUGGACCCUUUCUAUCUUUGCAGGUUCAUCACUAAACUGUGCUCUCAUGUAACAGUUGCAUUGUUUUCAAGAAGUUAAACCAAUAUAUGCAUUUCUAAAAGAUUUGUUUACUCACCAUAACUCUGUUUUAUUUUAAGAUAACAUCCAUUUGAUUUGUUCUAGUCAUAAAACUGAGGGUUUUUACAUGAAAGUUUUGUUUCCUUUCUUCUUCCCUAAAAAGAGAUUUAGACUGACUUGCCAUUAACAAUGCUAGAAUGAUGGGAUACACAUCAUAAAGUAUGUGAAAAUCCAGUCCAAGCUGGUAUUUUAGUGGUUAUAGACCUUCUAUGCUAAUUGUAAGGUAAUUCUCAGAAAGGUGGUAACAGCUUAGCUUUGUUUAUUAGGGAUUUUAAUCCACUCCAAAUUCCAAUACAGUUGUUACGAAGACUGCACCAGUUUCUACUCCAAAGGAUAUUAAAAUAUUAAUUUAUUAUAAACCUUUACAGUUUGUUCAAAAUUGAUUUAUCUAGAUUAUAUUAUUUUAAUAGUUGAGAGGAGCAGAUCUUAUUUAUAAAUCUUAUUCCUAAAAUAUAAUUCUAAACCCAAAACAGGUGUCAGCAUACAACUUCAAUAUAGAACAGCACUUAACUAUAUUUAUUCAAUAAACUAGAAAAGCUAGGGAAAGCUUUGCCUAAAUCUUAUCUUCAGCAGCUAUAGGAUGUCAUGCAAUUGGAGAAACCAAUAUUGUUAACCCUGUUUUGCCGUAUCAGUUCAAAAAUGAUGGUUCGGAUUCCAUUGUAUUUAGCCACCUGAUCAAGUGCAAGCAUACUGUAGUUGUUGCCAUACCUACUUCUUCUUUUGAUAGAGUACAUGGAUGAUGUUUGGCACCAGCCAUAGCAUUUUAUAGACUGUGUUCGUGCAACAUGCUUAACCAGGUCAAUUAAGGACGUAACAGCUGCAUUUGUACAAAAUGUUGAGUUAGUGUUAGCCUUGAUUUGUUUUUGCAUGGCUAAACUGACUCAGAUCAGUUAGUUUACAGUUCAGUGUAUCUCAUAAACCAGAACAUGGGUUAAUUGGUUAAUUAACAAGGUUAUGCAAGUUCUAUGAGCGCAGACACAGUAUGUUCCUAGGAGGAUAAGUAAUCAAGGUAUUUUACCAGUAUGGCUGAUUUGUAGUGGCAGAUGGAUUGCAGAAUAUAUCACUGUUCUUUCAUCAGACUGCAUUAGCCAGUGAUAGGUCCUAUUCGUAUCUUGAAAAUGAUGAGCUGUUUCAAAACCAAGCAAAAAACCUUAGGGGUCUGCAAAAGCUGUCAUUAAAUUUUAGACGACGUACAUAGUCUAAAUGCCAGGUUUUAAAUAUAAGGAGGUUGUGCAAAGCAUUUGCAAGAGGUGUUUUGCAAAGUAUGGUAAACAUAAGCAAACCACCCCUCCUUGAAACAUUACUCUAAAGCAGAGCAGCCAUGUCUUCUGGAAAGCUUGUAGAGUUGCUUCCAAGGCUGUUCUCAUCUGAUGGUGCAUGCACGUUCCACUGAGACUACCAGCAAAACCAAGUGGUGAUACGUGCACCACUCUUGCCCAGACAGCCAAAGGCAGGCUCUGAAACACUCAUGUGAGCCUUCCACAGAAUGUGGCAGCUUGGAUAUAUGAAGACUGCUUCACUUACAUCAACACAUCUUCCGAAUGCUCUCCUUCAGAUGCUUGGCACAAUGAAAUAGAGUACCAUUAACUGAAGAGGCAUGGACCACCUUGUCUCAAAAUGUUUUAUACCCAAAUAAUGUUUAAAAACUAAUAAAAAUACACUAACAUGAUGUAUGAUCUAUUGCUGAAACAUUCUGCUACCAAAAAAGUGUUUAGGAUGGAGAUUUCAGUAUUGUGCUGAUUGAACAGCAUAACCAGUAUUAAUGCAGUACUGACACAAUUGUGCUUGCCCUGAUGAAGCUUGUGAGAUUUUUGUUUCAGCUGAUGAUGAUAGGGACCUUAGAAACACCCCUCUCAAAAUACAAGAUUAAUACCAUUCAAUGAAACAGAUUCCAUUUAUUUUUUAAUCUUUGAAGACUUCAGAUGUACAGCAAAAUACACUUGUUAAAUAUCUCUAGUAUUUAUAUUCAGGACCAUGACCUGAACUGCUAAUUAAACUUUGGACUCGAUUAGUUUGUUUCCUCUUUGUAUAAAGGUUUACAUUUUGUUUUUCAAAUGAACUGUUCAAUUAUUUGUUUCUGUACAGGACUAAAUGGCCCAGGAAAAAACAACAUAUAGCUCUACCGUUUCAUUAUUUCAGCAUCAUUUUUUUCAGUUCAUGUUGGCAGUAUAGAAAUAUGAAAAUAAAAUACAAUUUUAGGAUUCA